CGGCCUUGCUCCGGACCACGGGAUUCUUAAAUAGCUGCUCUCUAACGACCUCCAGCGGAGACCAUACCUUUGACAGCUGCCAACACUAUGUUCUUACUUUGUCGCAUUGCCCGUACUUCAGUCGCCUUGAACGCUCGACGUGUUGGAGGCGUCAGAUUGGCGAGUACAAUCGCCAAGUUCAGUCCGGAAGAUCCAUUGAAUUUGGAUAGUCUACUGACUGAGGAAGAGAAGGCUAUCCGUGACACUGCCCAUGCCUUCUGUCAAGAGAGGCUACUCCCGAGAGUAUUGGAUGCCCAACGAACUGAAGAGUUUAACCGCGACUUGCUUCCGGAAAUGGGAAGAUUUGGGCUCUUGGGUCCCACUAUCGACGGUUAUGGAUGCGCAGGGGUAAGCAACGUGGCCUAUGGGCUCAUUGCGCGAGAAGUGGAACGUGUGGAUUCGGGCUAUCGCUCGACAUUCUCUGUGCAGUCCUCGCUGGUCAUGAAUGCUAUAUGCGACUACGGCACAGACGCACAAAAAGAUAUCUACCUCCCCCGCCUGGCGAAGGGAGAGAUCAUCGGCUGCUUCGGUUUGACUGAGCCUAACCAUGGUUCGGACCCCGCCGGUAUGGAGACGAUCGCUGAAGAAGUUGAAGGCGGAUUCAAACUGCAUGGCGCCAAGACAUGGAUCUCGAACGCACCUGUAUCGGACUUGUUCAUCAUCUGGGCUCGGUGUAAAUGGGAUAACAAAGUUCGCGGCUUCCUCGUUGAGAAGGGGACCAAGGGUCUUGAUGCACCGGCAAUUAAACACAAGCUUGCGCUUCGAUGCUCGUUGACCGGGUCCAUCUUUUUGGACAACGUGUUAGUCGGCCAUAACGCGCUGCUGCCGCACGGCAAGGGCCUCGCUGCGCCUUUUGGAUGUUUAAAUAGUGCACGAUAUGGCAUCUCCUGGGGUGCCAUGGGCGCGCUCGAAGAUUGCAUCCAUCGCACAAAAGCGUACGCGCUGCAGCGACACCAGUUCGGAAGACCCCUUGCGUCGUUUCAGCUUGUUCAAAAGAAGUUUGUCGACGCGAUGAGCGAGGUCGCGCUUGGUUUGCAAGCGAGCAUUCAGGUUGGCCGACUCAAAGACCAGGGCAAGGUCGCACCUGAGAUGAUCAGCCUUGUGAAGCGAAAUAAUUGCGGUAAAGCACUCGAGCACGCUCGUCGGGUGCUGGAUAUCCUUGGAGGGAACGCAUGUGCGGACGAAUAUCACGUCGGUCGUCAUGUCGCAAAUCUGCAAGUCGUAAACACGUAUGAAGGUACCUACGAUAUUCAUACACUCAUCCUCGGUAAAGCUAUGACCGACAUUGCAGCCUUUGCCAAUUAAAUAUACGGGAUAGCGGCAACGGAGAGCAUCAAUUUGCAAGUACUACUCCAAGGCUAACAGCCAACUCUAGGAGACUGUGGUGUAGUGUCGUACAAUAUAGACAUGAGUACAGCCGUCUGCCGCUCAAUGUGCUAAAUUCACACAACCAAGGACCGUUGUAGUCGACCAUAGGCUGCUAUAACCUCGAUAGAGGUGUAGGCCGGCGUGCACACGAAGUUUUGUAGAAGAUUCGGAGCUCUGGGUGUAUUAUACGAGCCGGUCUGGGCGUUGUCGGUGUUUACGUGCCCUCUCUCCGCCUUGUCUUCAACCUCUUCUCCCUCAGCAUGUCAUGGCAGGCUCCCGUCGCCCUGGCUAUGCCGCUAAUUUAGUUUGCUCAUCCGACCGCGAUGCUCCCUGAGCUUGGGGGCCUUAGUCUCUUCAAGCUAAUGGGCGGCGGUCUUCCGGUCCUCCGAAAAUAUUUGAGGCUUACCGUGGAUCGUAUAAAAUCUAGAGAAGCCGGGCUUUAAAACAAGUAAAGUUAGUAAACAAGGG